GUAUCACCAUUUUGCCGACAAUAAAUUCGAAACUCCCAGUCUCUCUUUGUAAUUGACAUAUAGACACUGUCAUUUCUCAUUCCUGUAAAAAAGUCAAUUGUAGAUGGACAUGGAAAUGGAGUUGAACAAAGGAAAAAUGAGCGCCAGCAGCAUCAUUCCUCCGAGGCUGGAGGAUGCAGGCCUGGAAGACUGUGCACUUUCUACAGAGGGCAUCAGAGAAGCAUUCCUCAGAGCCGCAGAGGCUGUUAAAUCCACAAUCUUCAACGAAGAUGAUGGGGACUGCAUUGAAGAUGGGGGGCCCUCAAAUGGGGAAUGGACUGAUGAACUGCAAGACUAUUCCACAGAUGAAGGAAAGGGAGAUCACAGCUGUGUGGAGCCUCUUGUUGGGGGCCUUGUGGAGGAAGGCAAGGAUAAAGUUGUUGAAAUUGGGGUGGAUGGGGAUGUUGGGGAUGAUCUCGUUGAUUCGGGUCUACCUAAGGAGAAGCAUCCCGGGGAAGAAGAUGGAGAUGGGGGUUGUGUUCCAGGUCUUAAAGGGUUGUUGCCUGAUCCACCCCAGGUUGAAAAAGAUGAUGGUGAGAAAAAGGAAGAAGGCCCAACACUUGCAGAAUGCUAUGUGUAGGCAAGUGGGUUAUUUUUAAAAUUUUCUUUUGAUUAGGUACUUCUCUUGUAAAAAAAUGUUAAUUGGAUAGGUUGGGUGACACCCAGUUGUUACUUUUGUUCUGUGCAAAAUGCAAAAGUUCUUAUGGCAUAGCUCUCUGUGGUUGAUUGGUAUUUAUCAUGGAAUGAAAAACAAUUUGUAGCUUUAACAUUCAGUUGAAUGUGAUGGAGUUCAUUGA